GUUUGUUUUUAAGCAGGCACAUCAAAGUCGUCUCUUAAAGCUGCCCGUCCCAUUGCCAUUGUGCCUGUUAGCUAACUCGGAUUAGUCACGCACGGUUGCAAAACAUUUCAUUGAAAUAUCUCAGUGAAGAAAACGAGGAAAUGACUUUCAACGCUUUCGGCAAUAAAAACAUCCCGCCGCUCUGGAACGCUAACAAACACGGCAUGGGCAUGUACCGCCCACAGCACUCUAACACAAUAGUAUAUGUCAGAGGAACAUCGUUCCAGACUGUGCCAUCGUUAGAAAAACAAUUAGAAACUCUUCCAAUCAUCUUGCUCGGUCUUGAAUAUGUGUGGGAGUACCGCAGCCCCAGUAAAACUGUCCAGCCGCACUACGAGUGCAAGCUUUGCAGGGUGGCCCGCGUGCAGCACGACAUGAUCGCUCAUGUAAAAAGCGCGCAACACAACUUCACAUACAUGAAAAAGUUUCAUCCUGACAAAGCCCCUUGGGAACUGGAAGAACUCGGCAAAGACCCCGCUGUGAGAAAAAUGAUUAGGGAAGCUGCGGCUGAAAUCGGCCAAAGGAGGCCGAGGGGUCGAAUCAAGGUGGUCAUAAAGGAGCCCUAUAACGUGCCGGCGUGCCAAGGACUCGCAACCACUGAACCAAAGCCAUUGCCCGAACCAGAAAACGACAUGGGGCCAAAUGGACGACAAUUUGGUCUAAUGUUCAAUGACCAGUCGUUUGAUGACGAGUUCCCCCCCGACGAAGGUCCUUACAAUGACUGUCGCGAUGACUACGAGCCGACUGAUUUCAACUGCUUUUCGCCUGAGCCACGUUUCCGAGACUCUAAUUCGGAGGAAUUCGAGCCUUCCAACUUUGGACCCGUUUCACGCAAGGAACGUUUCCCAAACACCGACAGGGGUUCAAGACCAUAUCCGCGUAGGCCCAGCGACGAUUUUGGCCCAAAAGAUGGACGUGAUCGUUUUAACGCCGGCCCAAUGGUUCGCAACGAGUACCCAGGACCCCAGGUCAAAAUGCCUCCAAGCUUAUUGGACAGGCCUGUAAAGAAACCAUUUGACAGACCAAGCCCCACCAAAUCGCCACAAACUGGUGGCUGUGAUCCAAAUGAACUGUUUCAUUACCUGGAGACCUUCCAGAUAGAGAAUGAGAGCGAUGCUCAGUUGGUGCUGAAGGUGACCCAGAAGCUAACAGAGCAGCUGAUGGAGUACAGACUUAAGACUGUCGCGCCAGAGGGUUCGAGUAGCUUUUCAAAGAGCUCAAACUUCUCGUCAUCGCCGUCUUCCAGUCUGCCAAGAAGCAGUGAUAGAUUCUCUCUAGCCUUACCUAAAGGUCAGCCUUGGUUCUCGGAGGGUUCCCGCAGAUUCUAGAAAUGAUGCAACAUCAAGACGUUGGUCUUCACUGUGUCCAUUUGGUGUGAUUGUUUUGAAACAAUUUUUGUUUUAUUCCAAAGUGGAUACAUUCCCUUUGUUGACUUUUAUUUUGAACGCUUUUAAGAAAAACUCUAAAAGGAUUUUCUAAUCUUGUGUUAAGAAUGCAAUAAAAAAAAUACAUGAGGGUGA